AGUACUUCUUAGCUCGUUCUUAUUGUGUUUAUUUGGGACUGCCCUCUAACUAUUACAAGCUGCAAUGGAGUUGAAUUUGGCAUUGGGAAAUGCACGCAGAAGAAGUUGUAGACGUGGCUGGCCUCGACUUGAAGGAUUUUGUGGCGACGUUAGAUUGAGAGAGACGCGCUUUUCAUACUUUCUCAAUCUCAUCUUUCAAGGUUUUCGAACAGAUGAAAUAGAGGUGGAGAUGGAUAAGGAGCGGAGUGUGAUAUUACGUGGAGAAAGUUAUUGCAAAGAGGUGGGAAUGCUUAAGUGGAGGUGGCGCCUCAUGUCUAAGACAGGAAAGCCUUUCAAAAUUCCCGAGGAUGUCAACGUGGGCGCCACAAGAGGUAGAUUUGAGCGACACAUUUUGCAUAUUGUCAUGCCCAAAUUCAGACAUGACAGCAGAUUCAGUCCUUACCAUGUCAUUCAAAUUCACUCCUCUCAUCAUCACGUCCGCCAACCACAAGCUGCUGUGAAAGUAGACCAUUCGCCGUCUUGCUCUUAUACAAGUGAAGUCAUUAACAAGGACACAAUCUAUUCUUCUACGAGCUCUUUGUCAAAUGCCCAAGAAAAGAAGCAACAAUAUCGAAGGACGAGGAGGAGAAGGGUAAUGAAAAUAUCUGCGAAAAGCCAUAUGGUAGAAUAGUAAAUGAUUUUCUUAUUCGUAGAUCCCAGCCAUUCUUUGUAAAUAAAAUACUCAAUCCUUUCUUGUCAUCUGUGUUUAAUAAGGAUGCCUCAAGCAUGAGAUAGCCCAUGCCCCUAUUGUAAACUAACCAUCUCUACUUGUAGGCAAGACUUUGCUUAUUCCCAAAGCCGAGGAAGAAAAAAUUCAAUGUGCA